GCGCCGCCGCUGCGGGACUUUCCGACGGCGCCCGCGGAUUUCCUGGCUUGUUGGAUGCCAGUGAGGGAGAGAGGCCCCGGGAGAAGAAAAUGUAAUUCCUUUUCGACCUUCGAUUCAGUUCCAAGGACUCCAAGGGCUUGUCAAAAUUCCCAAAAAUGAUCCUCUCAAUGAAGUUCAUAACUUUAACUUCUACCUGUCAAAUGUGGGCAAAGACAACCCUCAGGGCAGCUUUGACUGCAUCCAGCAAACAUUCUCCAGCUCUGGAGCCUCCCAGCUCAAUUGCCUGGGAUUUAUACAAGAUAAAAUUACAGUGUGUGCAACAAACGACUCGUAUCAGAUGACACGAGAAAGAAUGACCCAGGCAGAGGAGGAAUCCCGCAACCGAAGCACAAAAGUUAUCAAACCCGGCGGACCGUAUGUAGGGAAAAGAGUACAAAUUCGGAAAGCACCUCAAGCCGUUUCAGAUGCAGUACCUGAGAGGAAAAGGUCAACCCCCAUGAACCCUGCAAAUACGAUUCGAAAGGCACACAGCAGCAGCAGUGUCUCUCAGCGGCCAUAUAGGGACAGGGUGAUUCACUUACUGGCCCUGAAGGCCUACAAGAAACCUGAGUUGCUUGCUCGACUCCAAAAAGAUGGCGUCAAUCAAAAAGACAAGAACUCUCUGGGAGCAAUUCUGCAACAGGUAGCCAAUCUGAAUCCUAAGGAUCUCUCUUAUACCUUAAAGAAUUAUGUUUUUAAAGAGCUUCAGAGAGACUGGCCUGGAUACAGUGAAACAGACAGACGGUCAUUGGAGUCAGUGCUCUCGAGAAAAUUAAAUCCAUCUCAGAACGCUGCAGGCACCAGCCGCUCAGAAUCUCCUGUAUGCUCUAGUAGAGACGCUGUAUCUUCUCCUCAGAAGCGGCUUUUGGACUCAGAUUUUAUUGAUCCUUUAAUGAAUAAGAAAGCCCGAAUAUCUCACCUGACGAACAGAGUUCCACCAACACUAAAUGGUCACUUGAAUCCCACCAGUGAGAAAUCUGCCGCAGGCCUCCCACUGCCCCCUGCAGCCGCCGCCAUCCCCACCCCUCCACCACUGCCGUCAACCCAUCUGCCCGUCUCUCAGCCUCCUCAGAUCGUCAAUUCUAACUCCAAUUCCCCUAGCACUCCAGAAGGCCGGGGGACUCAAGACCUACCUGUUGACAGUUUUAGUCAAGAUGGUAGCAUCUUUGAGGACCAGCAAGACAAAUAUACCUCUAGGACUUCUCUGGAAACCUUAGCCCCUGGUUCAGUUCUGCUAAAGUGUCCAAAACCUAUGGAAGAAAACCAUUCGAUGUCUCACAAAAAGUCCAAAAAGAAGUCUAAAAAACACAAGGAAAAGGACCAAAUAAAAAAGCAUGGCAUUGAGACUAUUGAGGAAAAGGAAGAGGACCUUAAGCAAGAAGAGGAAAUUGCCAAGCUAAAUAACUCCAGUCCUAAUUCCAGUGGAGGAGUUCAAGAGAGCUGCACUGCCUCCACAGAGCCUCCAGCGAUUGAACUCCCAGAUUAUUUGAUAAAAUACAUCGCUAUCGUCUCCUAUGAGCAACGCCAGAAUUACAAGGAUGAUUUCAAUGCCGAGUAUGAUGAGUACAGAGCCCUGCAUGCCAGAAUGGAGACUGUAGCAAGGAGAUUCAUCAAGCUCGAUGCUCAGCGAAAGCGCCUUUCUCCAGGCUCAAAAGAGUAUCAGAAUGUUCAUGAAGCAGUCUUACAAGAAUAUCAGAAGAUAAAGCAGUCUAGUCCCAAUUACCAUGAAGAAAAAUACAGAUGCGAAUAUCUUCACAACAAGCUGGCUCACAUCAAAAGACUCAUAGGUGAAUUUGACCAACAGCAGGCAGAGUCGUGGCACUAGAGCUCUGCUUGGACCAGAAGAUGUGAAUAAACUUAAACUUAUUUAUUUGAAAGUCCAAAUGAGUUGUUCUAGAUUCUCAAAAGAUGAAACUUUGCCUGUUGGAAGUUUCAGUAUUAGUAAACUUGAGUUAUUUUUUAUUUUUUAUUUUUUUUCAUUUUACUUUGCUUCCCUGCAUUUUGAAGCUGCUUUUUCUGGUCCUUUUUUUUCCCUCCUUCAAGACUUGUGUUUGUUAAUAGAAAUAAUUUUUUAGGUAUUGGGAAUCCAGUGUCUAUACUUUAAAUCAGUUUUUCCCCCCCCUCAAAACUUGUGUUUGUCAUUAGAAAUGAUUUUUUUAGAUAUUGGGGAUCCAGUAUCCACACUUAAAAGUUGUGUGUAUUUAAAACAAACAAAAAACCACAACAGUAAUGUGCAAGGUGAAAUGCUUUUGGAUAAACAUAAGCCUAUUUUCUGACCUUUCUUAAUGCGAACUCUUUGCCUUAAAUGGUAGACUAUUUAGAAAUUUGCACAAAAUACAAAAAAAAAAUUAAAACAUUGUCUUGGAGGGUUAAAAAACAGAAAGGUAUAUGAGUAUGUAUGUGUACAGAUUCACAUACACAUAUGUACGUAAAAGCUGACUUGGUCUAAAACAUUAAAUCCGCCCUGCAAGUUAACCCCCCAUUGCAAUGGUUGCCUUAAGGUGUUUGCUAGUUGUGUACAUAGUGUGGUUCAUCAUUAGCUACACUGCUUCCCACUGGGUUCCGGCAGCGGGAAGCACACUGUGGCCUACCAGCGUCUGGAAGUGUGUGCUCGGCCUGCGUGUGUGCAGAGGUGGUGUGGAUGUGAGCGUGCAUGAAGGAACAAAGCUGCUACUCUCAGUAGGCCAAACGCUCAGGUUCAACAACUGACGAGUGUUACUGUAGGGUUUUUUUUCUGUCAAGUUGCUACUUCUAUUGUGGAAGACACAAGCAUUUCCAUUUCAACAGUUUGUCAGCUUUAUUAAUGUUGGGCAAAAAUUGAUAUGUUAUAAAAAUGAAACAGAUCUAUAGUUUUGGGGGCAAAAUUAUAAAAUGUGUAGGUAACCUAUUUAUAUACUGCUAUAAAGUAUUUUUUGAAGAGAGAUAUGCAAAGAAGCUAUUACCUACAUAAGAUGUAUAUUUAAAGAUUUUUUUUUCAUCCUGGGUGCCAGGAAUAUAAAAAAGAGUGGAUAUAUUUAACCAUAACAUACUGUGAUUCAUCAAACAGCACAAACUUUCAUUUCAUGGAGUUUCUCUGUUGACGUUGAUUUAAACUAUCACUUGUUUUAUCAUGUGGGAACCUAAGUUAUGUGGUCAAAAAUAUAAGGAUUUUGAACUAAUGUUGAUUCAAGUUGUAUCGUCUUAUUGUAUUGUCUUUUCAAAGUGCUGCCAGUUGAAAAGGGAAGCAUUAUGUUUACAAAUCUGUUUUGAAAUGUUUGCCAAAAUGUUGGUAGUGUCUUUAAUAAAGAUGUUUGUCUCCAGCAUCCAGAGAAAUAAUAAAUAAUUUUGUUGUGUAUCACUGUAAACCUGAAAAUGUUGGUAUCUAGAAAACGUGAGAGAGCAUAUAGAUUAACCUUUUCUCUUUGGAGUUCUUCUAAAACAUGAACUAGAAUGAUCAGAUACUACAUUAAAAGUGUACAGACUCUACAAAGAAACAAGACCCUCUGUACUAUAACUCUGUAGGAUUACUGCAGAAAUCUGAUUUCUAUGUAGCGUGGACCUCCUAGGGAAUUGUUUCUUUUAGCAUUGAGAUCCCUGGUGCUCUUCCUUUUACCUCAGAAUUGGUACAAUCAUUAUUAGAUGCUAAUUUAUUUCAAAUUGAAAAAAAGGAAAGAAAACUUAAUUGGGGAUAAAUUGAGGCCUCAUGUUAUGGUGGAGACUCCUGAGGGGUUUGUCUCUAGGGAUUGACCUCAUUGGUGUUAUUUCUUGGACAUCUUGACCUUUUAAUCAAAGACUAUGUGUAACUGUUUGCUGUGAGCCAUGUUUCUCAGAAGCAAAGUGCUUGGACCAUUUGCAUCUCCCAAAUUAGAUCUUCUGGGUCUAGGCCCCAAGUCUCUGCGUUUGUCCAGGUUUUCUGUACAAACGAGCUAAAGUGUGAGAACCAUUGGUUUAUAUGUAGUCUCCACCUGUUAGGUCACAAAGUCUUGGAAUCUUGAACUGAAGGCCAACUGUUGGCUUUGUUGAAAGCCCACUGUGUCAGCAGUGCAAAUGGCUUUCUUCCUCUGCAUGAUCAGAGGUCCCCUCAGUUGUCUCACUGCCAGCUCUUACUCAGAACCUGUUUACACACAAGCCUUCCAGCUGGGAGCUGCUCGCUGAUGGAGCACCUCCCCUCAUCGCAUGUCUUCUGGUUGACCAGUUGGGUGACAGUAGAAACCGGAGAUGCUUAAUGGAAAUGUAGCCUUGCACACCCUUCGACUUGGCCACUUGCCAGUCAAAGCCUUAAUUUAGAUGUUUGUUUUAUCCAUUGGACAGGUCCUUGCAAAAUGUGCAUCUAUUAGUUGCAAAUCUGAGAAUUGUCAGUCUCUCAAUCUGCUAUAACACGAGGUGGCAUUCAUUUUUGAAGAUGAACUUGGGCCUAUUAAAAUAUCUAGAAUUAUUUUUCAUCCCCAACUGCAAGAUGGGAUUCUUACAAAUGACUGCUGCAGGGUUUAGGUGGCCAUUUAGUAUUGGUUACUCUGGUGAAAGAAUUUGAUUAGUCUUGUUUUUGGAAAGACAGUGAGUAUGUUAGAGAGUAAGUUGUAAUAUUUUUUCCAUCACAUUGUAUCUAAAAUAAUUGAAAAGACUCUUGAAGAUACUAACACCAUUAAAGUCAACUCCAAAUUGGAUGAGUAGCUGAUUUGAAACAAACCAAGAGAACAUGAACUAGACAUGGGCUUUGUAAAAAAAAAAAAAAAAACAGUGGGGAUUUCGUCUCCUACCUUGUUGGUUAUUUUUUCCUCUUGGAAUAUGUUAGAGGGGUUAACUUUCAACUAUUUAAGUAGCCAUGGAUGUUUAAUACUUGGCUCUCACAAAACUGGUGUGGUCAGUUCAGAUCAUUACUCCAUGCAUUUAUUAUAAAAAUGAAGUAAUAAUUUUCUUCCCUCUCCUUAUAAUCUUUAUAGUUUUCUUUUCCCUGCAAGUGUUUCGCCUUAUAAUGAAAACAAAUGCACACUUGGAAGCAAGAUGUUGGAAUGAGGUUUAGACUGAAAUGGCCCAUCUGGUCAGACACUCUGCUGGAUGUCUUGCCCUUUCCUUCCCUUAGUGUAUCUUGGCUUCUGGAACAUGGCUGGACCUCUUCAGCCAGGCGUUAAUCCUUCUGUCAGUGUGAGUGUGGAGUCCCGUGUGCGUGGUAUAUGCCUUAUUACUACUUUUGAAGUGCUACAGUUUAUUACCUGCCUGAGUGUUACUAAAUUCUUUGUGUGUGUGUGCUGGAUGGGGAAAAAUUAUAGCCAGCACUUUGAAAGGAAUGUCUUGGGAAAGGAUAUUAACUGGCACUACUAAUGAAGGCCACAGAAGAUGUUACCAAUGUUAUUUGUAACCUGAAAAUGGAACGAGGCUGUGAGGCUCAUUUUAAACUAUUUUCAAGUGUUAAAUAAAUAUAUAGAUAUAUCUAUGCUGUUUCUCAGCUGUUCCACCCAAACCAUGUUAGGACCCUCGAAGGUAAAAUGUCACAGGGGCUUUUCAGUUGUUCCUGAGCUCAGCAGCUGUGGUGGCCCCUGUUCCCACACCAAUUCAGUUCAAUAAAAAUGAUAACUUUGCAA